AAAUGUGGUGCUGCUCACAGCUUUUCUGAAGCCAGCAGUGUGGAUGCAGCUGUUGGUCUGGAGAUGUUUUUCCAGACUGAAAAAUCACACCUACCUAAGGACUGUUUUGGAGAAAAUUGUGGUAAAUGUGUCCCAUGCUGUGUAGUGGAUAUCACUAAGUUUCCAGGCCGAAGUUGGUGGUACUUCAGGAAAACCUGCUACAGAAUUGUUAACCAUAGCGGGUUUGAAUAUUUUAUGAUUUUUGUGAUAGUAUUGAGCAGUGCAGCACUGGCAUUUGAAGAUAUUCACCUGCAGAAUAGAAAAACAGUGAAACUGAUCCUAGAUUAUGCUGACAAAGUAUUUACCUACAUCUUUUUGAUGGAGAUGCUUCUGAAAUGGGUAGCUUAUGGAUUGCAGAGUUACUUCACAAAUUCCUGGUGUUUGCUUGACUUUGUCAUUCUAUGUGUAAGUAUUAUAUUCAACUUGUCAUACAUUUUGAUUUUUGACAUUUUCUGUCUGGAUAACUACAUUGGCCUGAAAUCUCUCAGGACUCUUAAGGCAUUGAGGCCUCUACGAGCUUUGUCAAGAUUUGAAGGGAUAAAGGUUGUUGUCAAUGCACUCCUUGGAGCUAUCCCCUCAGUCUUCAAUGUUUUGCUCGUCUGUGUUGUCAUUUGGCUCCUAUUUAACAUUCUAGGAGUAAAAUGGUUUGGGAAAAGAUUUUCAAAGUGCAUACUCCAGGAAGGAGAUAUCAGUCUCAUUAAUGACAAAACUGAUUGUGAGUCUCAUGGUGGAAAAUGGACAAAUUCUCCUGUAAACUUUGAUAAUGUUGGGAUGGGAUACUUGGCUCUGCUCCAAGUGGCAACUUUUAAAGGCUGGAUGGACAUUGUGUAUGCAGCAGUGGAUUCACGUGAGAUCAAUGAACAGCCAAAGUUUGAAGCAAGCCUACACAUGUACCUAUACUUUUUGUAUUUCAUUAUUUUUGGAUCUUUCUUCAUGCUGAAUCUUUUCAUUGGAGUGAUUAUCAGCAAUUUUAACCAACAAAGGAAAAAGAUAAGUGGAAAGGAUCUAUUUUUGACUGAGGAACAGAAAAAGUACUAUAAUGCCCUAAAAAAACUUGGAUCCAAGAAACCUCAAAAACCCAUCCCAAGACCAUUGAAUGCAUUCCUGGGAUUGCUGUUUGAUAUCGUAAUGCACAAAGCAUUUGACAUCAUCAUUCUGAUUUUCAUCUGCCUAAAUAUGGUUGUUAUGAUGGCAGAAAAUAACCAGGAAGGCACCAAGGAACUUCUGAAUAAAAUCAACUAUUUUUUUGUGGCUUUAUUUACAGCAGAAUGUGUCAUAAAAGUGCUGGCCUUAAGACAGCAUUACUUCAAAAGCGGCUGGAACUUAUUUGAUUUUAUUGUUGUGGUCCUUUCAAUAGUUAGUAUUGGAGUUUCUGAAGCCUUUAAAAAAUUCAUCUCUCCUACACUUUUGAGAACUAUUCGUUUGGUGCGAAUUGGCCGAAUCCUGAGAUUGGUUCGAAAAGCGAGAGGACUUCAAACCCUUCUCUUUGCAUUACUGAUGUCUCUUCCUGCACUGGUCAACAUUGGCCUUUUGCUUUUCCUAAUUAUGUUCAUUUAUGCCGUUGUAGGCAUGGCAAACUUUGCCUGUCUUCCCUGGGAAGGUGGGAUUGAUAACAUUUUCAACUUUCAAACCUUUUCUGGAAGCAUUCUCUGUCUCUUCCAAAUUACAACAUCAGCUGGCUGGGAUAGUCUUCUGGCCCCUUUGUUAAAUGAAUCUGUUACAUGUGCUCCCAACUUAAAUUUAACAGAGACAGAUAAAACUACUUGCAAAAAUAGACCAUUUGGUAUUUUUUAUUUUGUAAGCUAUGUCAUUAUAUCAUUUCUCAUUGUUGUAAAUAUGUACAUAGCUGUCAUUUUAGAGAACUUCAAUGUUGCCACCGAAGAAAGCACAGAUCCUCUUUGUGAGGAGGACUUUGAUAUGUUUUAUGAGACCUGGGGAAAAUUUGAUCCUCUGGCAACACAGUUUAUUGACUAUUCUGCUCUUUCAGACUUUGCAGAUGCUCUGGCAGAACCCUUGCGCAUUCCAAAGCCCAAUAACAUCCAGCUCAUAUCCAUGGACCUCCCUCUAGUGAGUGGAGAUAAGAUCCACUGCUUGGAUAUCUUGCUUGCUUUCAGUAAACGAGUCUUGGGAGAAUGUGGAGAUUUUGAUACACUUAAAUUACUGAUUGAAGAAAAAUUUGUGGCUGCCAAUCCAUCUAAAAGAUCUCACAGGCCAAUUUCUUCUACAUUUAAGAGAAAACAAGAGGAGGUAUCAGCAGUUAUUAUCCAAAGGGCCUUCAGGAGGUAUUUGAUACAACGUUCUUUCAAAAAUACAUCUUUCUUAUGCCAUCACAGACAGAACAGUGCUGUCUUUGGAGAAGACACACUUAAUGACAGUAGUGGCAGGAAGAUACAUAAAUCAAGGCCUGUUUCUUCCAUAUCUCUCCCUUGA